ACUAUUAAUUCAGAAGAAGUUUUCUCUCUCGCACAACUUCCUUGUGGAAUCAAUUACCACCAGCGAAUUUUCCGGACCAAUACGACUUAGGAACCUUAAAGAAAAGAGCUUACACCUUUCUAAAAGGCCGGCAACGCAUCUGCAAUUCCCCUGGUGUUGCGGUUGUUCAUGGGCGGCGGUAGUCACUUACCAUCAGGUGAGCCGUUUGUUGCCCCCUGUGUUUGUUUGCCCCCUCUUCUAUAAAAAAAAUACUACUCCGUAUCAUUAUAUGACUUAUUUAGCAGGAAAGAGCGGACAGCAGUUUUACAAUUAAAUGUUGACAUUUCAUAAAUCUCUAUUUUUGCAUUCAUUUUGUUAUAAAGUAAAGGACCUAGGUAAUAAUAAAAAAACUUUUUAGAAAUGCAAAAUUGACUAGUGAAAGUGUGCAUACUCUGUGUUUACGACGUUUUGUAAUUUUAAUGAAAGGAGUCUUCUAAGCUGAAGUAAUACUGCGUGUAGUUAACUUAUUGCAUAGGCGAUGAGCCUAUCAUAAAGAGACAAAUAUUUUAAGAAUAGUUGUCAUGUCUUGAGGGUCAAUAAAAGGCAGUUAUUUCGAUACUAAUUAAGAAAGAUAAUUCAAUUUUAUUUUUAUGUAUGUACGUAUGAUUGUAAAUGCAAAGUUAAAGAAAGAAAAGUUGUGCUUAAUGUCUUUAUUAUCGAUGUUAAUAAUUGGUAACUCAUAAUGGAAACGAUAACUUAGGAACAAAUCAAUUAAUGAUGUUUACAAUAAUUAAUUAUAAUAACAACACACAUACAAAUGUAUGACAUCAAAAAAAACUUAAAGUAUUUAAAGCAGCGAUUGAUGUUCGUUCUUCACUUUCAUAUUUGUGAUUGACUAUUAAAAAGUUUUGAUAUCCUCAUUUCUGGGUUUAUCACGCAGAGAAACUCCGAGCAUAGCCCUCUCCAUAGCUCGCUGAGCAACCUUGAGCUUCCUCAUCCGGCCAGCAGUGAAGGACCACGUCUCAGUUCCGUAUGUCAUCACUGGCAACACGCAUUGGUUGUACAGUCUCGUUUUCAAGUUUUGAGGUAUACCUGAUGAGAAGAUGUGCCGUAAUUUCUCGAACGCUGCCCAACCGAGUUGAAUCCGUCGAUUGACCUCUCGGUCGAAGUUGCACUUACCUAGUCGGACUUUUUUCGUUUGUAUUGUUUUUUUUUUUCCAGGUAAAUAUACUCGUCAACAACUUCGAGCUUAGUGCUCCCAACAACUAGGUGGUGUGAUAUGGACAUUAAACAUGAUCUUUGUUUUGUCCAUGUUCAUCUUGAGACCUAUCCAUUGGGAAGCACUAUUGAGGUCAUUGAGCAUAGUGCUUAGGUCCUCCAGCGAUUCUGCCAUAAGGACUAUAUCGUCGGCGCUCAUCGAUUCUUCAAAGGAUUGGAAAUAUCGCCACAAUUGACAACGUUGGUUCCCACUUAUAUACAACGCGACGUGGAACUUCUAAAUAAUGAAAUAUCUUAUUAGAACAUACAAAAGCAAAUACAGGAUAUUUUGAAGAUAAUUGGUAGAAAAGUAUCCGACACUUUGAAUGCAGAUCAGUUUCAUUUGGAAAAGAAGACUGAAAAUGAAAAUCAAUAACCAAGAAUAUAUAAGAGGUUAUUUUAAAUAAUAUACACUUUAAAAAUGAGAAAAUAAACAUUCUAUAUAUUGUAACCGGUGUAAGAAUAUCCACUACUAUAUCUUCUCGUGGGUGUCCUAAGAGGCAACAUCAGUAUCUUCCUGAUAACACUUGGCAAGAAUGGUAACUAUGGACCCCUCCCCUAUUGGGAAAUCAUUGAGGGAGGUCUUUGUUCAGCAGUGGACUUUAUACGAUAUAUACGAGUAGGCUGUCAUGGACGGAUAGAUGGAAAUUUAGUUAAAAAGGCGAUAUAUUUAUUACGAUGUAAAAUAAAUAAAUUAAAUAAUAUUUGUUUGAAACAGAUAUUUAUGAAAGUAAGUAUUUCGGAAUGUUAUAUCGUUAAUUUCAAUGAAAUUACAGGUAUAAAUGUUCUCAUUCCAUACAGGCAGGCUUAAUAUGCUAUCAUUCGGAUGAGUAAAUAUUUUGUAACUCAUUCCAAUUCAAACUCGAUAUUUGUAUUUAGUAAUAUCCCUUUGCCUGAAUUUGCAUUUGUAUUUUUUAUCUAAGUUCUAAAAAGGAAAUGUGAUGUCUUAUAUAAAUUUUGAUUAUUUUAAUCGUAUAAAGGCUAGAGUACGAGUAAUAAUUAUCUUUUUAUAGUACCUAACGACGACAGGAAGAAAAAGGCACAGAGAAAGACAUUUAAAAAUAAUUAAAAGCUUUCGACUUCAGCUUUUACUCAAACUUACAUCAAAUGAUAAAACAGUCCUUAAAAAAUAUUUAGUGCUUGUAAAAAUUUGGAGCGAAGAUUGUUUUAGGGCGUCAAAUUAAAAAUAAAUAAACCAACUAAAAUAUCGUUGGUAUAAGCUGUCGUUUUUAUUCGUAGUGUUUAAAUGGGCCGGAUUUAUUAUUUAGCUGACAAAAUUUAAGUAUAAAGACGUACUAACUAGAAUACUAAUAUGAAACGACAAAAGAAUGUAAAAUACCUAAGUACAUAAUUUACAAAAUCCAGAAGAUUGAAGUAAAUGUGACACUAAAAAGAUAAGAAGAUAAAUUGUACAGGGCGCCGGGCCGGCGCGGUGCAAGGUUUCACAGUUUAAAGAGUGAAUGGUAGAGACGAAGGAGUCAGAAAUCAUGCCAGGCUAUUCUGGAUGCCUAACAUGCCUCAAGUACUUAGGAACAUAGUCAUUACAAUUGAUUUGCCUUGCGUCGCCGGGAUAUCGCAAAAAUAUAUCAGUGUUUGGUAAAUUGAAACCGACCACUGAUAUUUUUUAUAUAUAUUUUUAUAAUAUUAGAGAACCUUUUUGACAAUGUAUGAUUUCAAAAACUGCGUAAGUUCUUUUUUGUAUAAUUGUGUAAAUAGUGAACGUUAUUUUACCGAAUAAUGUGAAAUUAAAAAUAUAAAAAAGGUUUUUAAAAUCUUUUCUGCGUUUCAUAUUAGUAUUUAAUUUGUUUUGGGAAUUUCGUUAAUUAAAUACAAUGGAGGAGGUCAUGAAAACUACGAGAAAUUUAUCGAAAAAUCACCCAAGUCAUUAUUUAUUGACAUUAUAAGUGUUAUUAAAAUUACAAGACUAUUACAUGUCUUAGACAUAUUCACUACCCGAAAUCGUCCCGCGGAUCUCGUAAGAGCCUAUAGAGGACAACUGAAACAGGAAAGAUGAUAAUGAUGAUGGGCAACAGCAUCUUCCUGAUAAUUAUUCAAAAUAAUAAGGAUCUGCAGUUGUCAACCCAAUUGCCAAGCGUGCCAAGUAUGACAAAAUUUCUAUAAGGCAAUCUAUGGUGGAGGCCUAUGUUCAACAUUGGACUUUUAUACUAUUUGAGACUGUAGCAUUUUUUCUCGUAAACAAGGUCUCAAAAGAGAAAAAGAAGACAUUGAUGACAAUAUUUCGUACAAAUCAUAAUGGAAUUACAACUGAUCUUGCUAAAAUGAAUUUUGAUUCAGUUUACUCCACACAAAAUCCAAAUAUUGCCGCUAAUUGUCUUGUCCAGUCCUUACUAAAAGUUUUAGAUGCUAAUACUCAGAAGAUUGUUUUAUCUAGUCGUAAAAAGACCAUAAAGCUGUGGAUUACUCCAGGACUCUUGCGUUGUAUGCAGCGUAUGUAUAAUUUAGACAAAAAAUAAAAAAUAAAAAAAAGAGCCUGAAAAUGAAGUACUUAAAUUAUUGUUUAGGCGAUAUAGAAUUUAUCGCAACAAUCUUCUAAAAGCGGUCAAGAAUGAAUAUGAUAUAAGAAAUUCAGGUGCAAAUAAUAGAAAGCUUUGGGAGGUAAUAAAUAGGAUAACCAACAG